GUGUGCGUGCGUGCGUGCGUGCGUGCGUGCGUGCGUGCGUGUGAGUUCUGUAUUAUUGUGUGUGUGUGUGUGUGUGUGAGUUCUGUAUUAUUGUGUGUGUGUGUGUGUGUGUGUGUGUGAGUUCUGUAUUAUUGUGUGUGUGUGCAGGUGGACUUUGCGAACAGGUUUGUCGGGAGAGGAGUAACUGGUUCUGGUCUGGUUCAGGAAGAAAUCCGUUUUCUGAUUAAUCCAGAGCUCAUCGCAGCUCGACUCUUCACUGAGGCCCUUGAUGACAAUGAGAGUCUCAUCAUUACAGGUGAAUCAAACGCACACACACUGACAGUAAUCACUGCUCUCUCUCUCGCUCUGAUUGCUGUCUGUCACUGCUGGAUUUGGCCUGAAGUGUGAAGCUCCUGCUGGGGUCCUCAUCAACCCCCUACAACACACGCACACAUGUGUCUGUAUUCGUCUCUGCCCUAUAUCUUUAACAGCUGACAGAUUCUAACAUUCUAGUGUAUUGUGGUUUUUCAUUUUCCCAACGACCCAAAUAUGAGUUUUGAAUUUCUUGAAUAUUUUGGUUAAUAGUGAUUUGGUUUUGUUCAGAAAUGCUGGUCUGGAGUUUCAGAUGCUUGUGGGUUUUAAGAUGUGUCCAGAAUUACUAGGUGUUUUUUCUCUGAACUCUUAAAGGGGUCAUAUGGCGUGAACACGUGUUGUUCUGUGUCUUUGGUGUGUUAUAAGUUGCCCAUGCAUGUAUUAGACGUGUAAAACUGCAGAAAUGAAAGUGUGGGAACAAAAGAGUCAUUCUAUGUAAAAGCGAAUGCUCACCCACACCUGCCUGAAACACCUCGUGUAGCCACACCCCCACAAAUCUACGUCAGUUGGUGGUCUGAUUUGACUGAGACCGCCCAAAUGUAUACUCAAGUAAGGUGGGCGUACCUGUCAGUACAAUUGAAGAGGAACCUGAUGUUCCAAAUAUGGUCAGAGGCGUCACAUUUCCCUCACACGCUUGCAGUAUUCCACCAAUCACUACGCACUGGUGAACUGGCCAAUCACAGCACACCUCGCUUUUCAGAGCCAUGAGCUUUGUUAAACAUCUGAGAGGCGGAGCAAAGAGGAGAUACAAACAUGCACGGUGUGUGGAAAAUACAGCGUUUAUCAACCUUAAAUCCUGUAGACACAUUACAUUACAUCUAAAACAAACCAUAAUAUUCCUUUUAGCCGUGUCAUAUCACCCCUUUAAUGUGUUUCUUCAGAAUUCAGCGUGCAGAUAUUCAGCGAGGUGUUGUCCUGUCUGACUCUUUCUUGAAAAGCAUCAUUUGAUUUCAGAUCUCGACUGUCAGUAUUUCUCAAGCACUAGAUCAGCUGCAUACAGAAGACUUUUCUCUCUCUCUCUUGUGGAGCAGCAGAUGUUUUUGUCAUUGUGACUUUAUAAUCGUCUGUGUGAUCAUGAUUCAUCUGGUGACGGUGUUGUUCCCUUAGGACAGAGAGGUGGAGCCUGACGGUGACUCAGAGCAGCAGAAUUCUCUCUGGGCUGUAAUGGGUCUGGUUGUAGUUGGGUUAAUUGAAUUGGGUUUGAUGGCGGAGCGUCUGCCCGCUCUCAGUGUGGCAUUAGUGCAGAUUUGGAGAUGUUGCGGCACGGGAACUCACAGAUAUCAAUCUGCAGUCGGGAAACCCAGCGCUCGUCCUCUCUACUCUGAUUCAGCAUCACAUUAAACAUUAGUGCUGUCACUUCAACGUGUUCUGGACAGGUGACAGGACUGUAAAAAUCUCCUUAACAUGAAAGACGAUGAUGUACGUAAGUAUACAAAUAAAUCCUGUCACCAUCGAUUCAAGUGUUUCAUUUGAUUUCAUUAAAUAAAGACCAAAACUGAAGAAGAGUGAAGAGCAUCCCAACAGGAGUUUGGGGUUUGAUCGCUCACAGCGUCACUCACUGGAGAAACUCUGUGUUUGUGGUGUUUUUGAGACGAUGGCUUGACAUUAAAGUGUCGAUGACACUGAAGCUCAUUUAACAGCGCAGAUGAGGUGCAGCGCUGACCUUUCGUCCCGUCACAUCAUCCAGCAUCAUUUACUGAACAACAUGCUUGAGUAACGCAGACGUUUGAGUGAAACAGAGAGAGCCUUCAUUCUUCUGAAGGUCACGUGAGGAGGAAUUCUUGGUUCCCAGCAGGAAUGUCUUUAUCUGUGGAGGAGCUGCAGGUCGAUGGCGAUGGUGAUGGCGAUGGUGAUGGCGGGCGUCCUGGCGUCAGGAUAUUCUUAUUACAUAACAGAAGCUCAGAGUGGCUUCAGAUGAUGUUUAUGAUGGGACCCAUCCCAGGGAUCGCACAUACUCAGAAACAACACAAAAAUGUAUAGUAUCAUGCAAUGUAAGACGCUUUGGAUAAAAUGUAAAUGUAUCGAAGCUUUACAGCAGGGGUCUUCAACUACUUUUCUUUGAGGGCCAGAUACCAAAAGUAUAAAUAGGGUGCGGGCCAGUUUUUUGUAUUUCUGUUAUUUAUUGCAUUUAGUUUUUUUGCUUUUAUACAGUUUUUGUUGCUUUUACUAAUAGGUAAUACAUUAAAACAUGCACACAAAUAUUGCAUUCAGUAUUUGGCAGAGGUGGACGAAGUACACAACUUCCUUACUUGAGUGAAAGUACAGAUACUACUGGUCAAAUAUUACUCCACUACAAGUAGAAGUUGUAAAGACAGAUUCUUACUGAAGUAAAAGUACAGAAGUACGUGCUUUUAAAAGUACUCAAGUAUUAAAAGUAAAUUUCCUUUAUGUCAGUUGUGCAUUGUUUUAUUGUCGUAUACCUUAUGCCUCUGAAGCAACCUACUGAAUACACUGAGCAGCUCACAGUAUCAGUCGUAUUAAAGGAGUAGUUCACUUCAAAAUUUGCCCCCAUUGACUUUUCAUAGUCAUUUUUAUUCCUACUAUGGAAAGUCAAUGGGGGCAAAUUUUGCAGUGAGCAACUCCUUUAAGAGCUUCAUAUGUUUAGCACACAUGUGUUUAGUUUAGAUAUAAUCCUGUAUGAUCAUUUAGCCUAAUUAUCCUCAUUAGUCCCCUAGGCCUAUAUGUAUUUUGUAUAUUCCCUUAACCAGUUUUAGCAGCUAUUUACCAGUGAGUAGUAAGGUUCUUGUAAAUAGUAAAGUGUAGAAGCCAUGUGUUUGUUGGAUUUAUUACCAUUUGCAUUACCAUAAUUUAACUACAAACAUAAACUAUAGCUAGUAUAAUAAUGAAUAUAAUGAAACUAUGGUAUUUUUAGUUGCUGUGGUUUUACUAAAAGAUUAUUAAUUGGAGUAUGGUUCCUAUAUAUAGAAAAUGGUAAAUUUGUGGAUACUGUGGUUUUACUGCAAAUACCAUCCCUGCUGAAAAAAAACAAUACAUUUUUUAACUAGAAUGAGAUUUUUAAAGUAAAUUCCUCUUUGUAGUGUGUUUUGGGUUCAUUUCAAUAGGAUUUACCAUCCCACCAAUAGAAUCCAUCACAUACAAGUAGACAACAAGUAUACAUUGUACAAUUCCCAUUAUAACCAUUACAUCCAUUACAUUUUCUGUUGUAUUUUGGGCUAAUUUGGGUUCUAUUGUUUUUAUACAGAUAUACAGGAAUACUUCAACUAUAGUAACUUCAGUAAAAACAUCAUUCAUUUUCCAAAUCGCUUUAAAUGAUAUAGCAGCAGAUCAGAAGUUAACACGCACACGUAGCUCAAGGUGUGUGUGACGCUUAUUUACCGUUUAGCCGUUAUGUCGAUCAUUUUCAUGACAAUGUUUCUACGAUCUUUGACUGAUCGUAACCCACAGAUGAUUACACCACACUUUAACAUGUGCCUUUUUCCUCUUUUAUUGUUCUAUUUGCCUUUUUAGAGCGCUAUGAAUGGUGUAGCAGCGCCUACGUUUACAUUAGUUUAGCGGGGAAGAUCCCAGAGUUGCCAGAUUUAUGUUAAAAAAUCUGCCAAAUGGCCAUUCAAAGCUUGCCGGAAAACCGCGAGCUUAGAAAAACUGAAAUACUUGGCAACAGUAAAAGGUCCUGGCAGAUCGCAAGCCAGAUAAAUUGCGCACACAGGAAACCCCGCUGCAUAGAAACCACUUUCUACUUUUGGACCUUUUUAUAAAUGUAGUGGAGUAAAAAGUAUGAUAUUUGUCUUUCAAAUGUAGUGAAGUUAAAGUACAAGUACUCAGAAAAAAUAAUACUCAAGUAAAGUACAGCUACUCAAAAAGUGUACAUAAGUACAAUACUCAAAUUUACUUAGUUACUGCCCACCUCUGCUAUUUGGUUUUACAUAGGUUUUUUCAAGAAGAUAUUUGGUUGAAUGAAAGUAAAAACUCUCAACAGUAACCCCUGCCCCUUGUGGCGUUAAACUGGCGUCUUGUAAAGCCAAUCAAUUGGUCUGUGCAAGAAACUCAAUGCUAAUACGCUAUAUAAGGUCAGAUCCUUUGAAGUUUAAGGGAGAUGAAGAGCUGUUUACGUAAAUAUAGUCUUUGAAAUCAUAUAUAAUGAAUGCAGUAAUAACAACAACAACAGUUUUUCCCUUAUCCGAGACAACCGUUCAUGCGGUGUGCCCUAACCUGCAGUUACUUUCAAGGGCACAAGACGCGUUUGGAACGCCACCCAUCGCGUAUGCUAACUAACUACGUGUGGCUGUGGAUUGCCGAUUAUAACGUUGUAAAUAACAUUAACUUUCUUGGACAGACCGAUCAAAUGGCUUUAUUAGACGUCAAUUUAUCAUUAUGAGUGGCGGGAUUUACUUUUGUAUUGAAUGUCGCAGCGUUUCGGACUGUUGAAGAUGUGGCGUCUCAGGACGUGCAUGUAAAGCACACCGUUCUUUAUUUGAAAUGUUAAGGCGGGCAAGCUAAAGAUGAUUGGUGGGCCGCCGGUUGACUAACCCUGCUUUACAGAGUCUGUAAAUAUCACGUUCAUGUUGGGUGUUCUUUAACAGUUCUCUCAGUGUUCGCUCAACAGUCAUGGGUUUCCCCACAGGGACAGAGCAAUUCAGCAGAUACUCUGGAUACUCAGAUACCUACAGAUGGGAUGGUAACCAUGACGACCAGACACCAUUGUGACAUCACCCAUCAGAUCGAUUGAAAUUGACAAUAAAGUUAUUGAAGCAUUUGGUCAAACUGUUAUACUGUUAUGUUUGUGUGUGUUCAUGUUUGUAUAUCCCGGUGGGGACCUAAACCUGAAUACACACCAACACAUGGGGACUCGUGUCACCGUGGGGACCAAAAUUGAGGUCCUCAUGGGCAAAAAAGCUUAUAAAUUGUACAGAACAAUAUUUUUUUUAAUCUAAAAAUGCAAAAAGUGUUCUAUGAUCUUUAGGUUUAGGGGUUGGGUUAGGGGUAUGGGAUAAAAUAUACAGUUUGUACAGUAUACAACUCAUUACGCCUAUGGACUGUCCCCACGGAGAUAGUAAACCAGACGUGUGUGUGUGUGUAGGGAUGAGUGGCAGCGCAGAUACACAGAGAUUGUUGCCAUAGAUGCUCUGCAUUACAGAAACUUCCUACAACAGUUUCAUCCAGACAACAUGAAGCGAGAACUCAACAAGGCGUACUGUGGUUUUGCUCAUCCUGAGAUGAACACUAAGCAUCUUUCGGCUGUUGCGACGGGUAACUGGGGCUGUGGAGCAUUUGGUGGAGACACACGAUUAAAAGCUGUGUUGCAGAUGAUGGCUGCAGCCGAGGCCCGACGUGAUUUGAUUUACUUCACGUUUGUAGAUACAGAGCUUCUCAGAGACGUCCACAACAUACACACUCUCAUCACACGCAAACACAUCACUGUUGGGUCAGUGUUUGGUGUGUUGCAGAAGUACUACGAGUGUGUGUGUUCCACAGCGUCCAGCACAAAAGCGCAGGAAUCCCUUUACUGCUUCCUCUCUGAAAACCUUUGACCUCUGACCUCAGCUGCUGACGUCUCAUUCUGGCUCAUCCGCUUUGUUUAUUAGUUUAGAAUUGAAUCUGAACCUGUCUGCGCCUCAAUAAA